AUGAAUAUUAAUUCAACUAUAAGUUCUCUUAAUGAGCCCGGAGAUGUCCAUAGAACAGUAUCGACGUAUAUACGCCGGCUGGAAAAAAUUACCAAGAACAUUCCUGGUCGUAUAAACUCAUAUGAAGUGUUCGUUACAAGAGACCAUAGAAAUUUUAUGACAGAAAUCGCAACAGUUGACCCGGAUUUACUUGAUAGUACAGUGCGUCGAUUUACGAUAGAAAAUAAAUUGAAAGAAACAAUGCCGUCAAAAAAUAUUUCAGAAUUACGUGAAAUCUUUAUGGAAGUGUUAAUCAAGGUUUCUGUCAAUUUACCAGGACAUAGCGAUGAAGACGAGGAAUGGGAAUCUUCGCUUAAUCCUUGGGUUACACGAAAUCGCGCUUCAACAAAAAUGCCGGAGGAUUAUGAAAAAUAUGUUGAUGGGAUUGCAUUUUUAGACAGAUUCGAGAUUGUUCGAAUUUUGAAGCCUUUUGGUCCAGUUGAACCAACCGACAACCUCUGGAAUAAGAUCAAAAUAAAAUGUGGCGUAGCAAUCCAUGAGGUUCUUCAUGAAGAAUGUAAACAAUACUAUUUAAAUCGAUCCAACGUAAACAUUUUCACUGAAAUGCCGAAGUUAAUAAAUAAAAACCUUAUUCAUGUCUGGGCUUUGAGUUUAAAGGAAUUUCCUCCAGCUGGACCUAGAGCUCACGUAUUAUUUUCAGGAGACGUGGUGCUUAAAGAUCGACAUCUAGUAUUAACAUUGCACCCUCCAAAGAUUGGUACUUCUAAGAGAUAUUACAGGUUAUUAUCAUCCGAGAGAUUUCUUCAUCUAAAGAUUAAUAUGGACUUUAAUGUUUUAAAUAAUAAACAAAAAGCAAGUUUGAAAAACUUAUUGUUAUGCCCUUUAUCACUUGCGGGAAGAAAAUACGAAUUUUUAUAUGCGAAAUCGGAAACUUUAUAUUAUUUUGCAACAAGUGGAUCAGACCUUUCUAACAUGUCAAUUAGGGAAGUUAUCGAUUGUAACUUGCCAAUAGAGCUUAAUAAAAAGAUGAACACUGCAAAGUUUUAUUCUCGGAUAUCUUUGGGGUUUUCUAAUUCUACACCUUCAAUUGUUUUCAAACCAAACGAAAUUCGAUAUAACGUCGAAGAUAUCACUAUGGAUAAUCAUUGUUUCACUGAUGGAUGUGCCGCAAUUUCUUUGGUCGCUAUGAAGGAAGUUUCCGAAAUCUUGGGUUUGGAAGAAACUCCUUCCGCUAUUCAAGGCAGGAUUGGAGGGGCAAAAGGCAUUUGGUAUAUUGAACCACUCAAGGACAAUAGUGGCAAUAAAUGGAUUGAAUUACGAAGAUCCCAAAUAAAGUAUAAUGUGAAGCAAAAUUCAGGUGUUGACGACACUCAUUUACGUACUUUAGAAGUCUUGCGUGUCGUGGUUCCACCGAGAACUCCAGGUACACUUAACAGUCAAUUUAUUCGAGUUUUAUACAAUGGGGGUGUUCCCGUUGAAGUUUUCCUUAAAAUUAUGAAAGAUUAUCUCGAUAAGAUCAAAUAUGAAGUUGUAGAUUGUGACGACCCAUACUCUUUAAUAGCUUGGGUGACGAAUGUCUCCAAGGUUAUGAAAAAAAGGUUAGAGGUUUUUAAUCAUUUCGAGGAUGAUUAUUCAGAUGAUGGAAGUAACUAUGGAGAUUUAUCCGUAGAUUUAGGAUUUGACGGAUGUGUUGUAUCAGGAUUUCCAAAUAGUCCAGCUGAACAAUGUAUCCAGAUGUUACAAGCAGGUUUCAUCCCUUCCACGUGUCCUUUUUUAGCAAAAAAGUUGAAACUUGUACUUAUGAACGUAUUAAGGUCACUUUGUAAUAAGUUUCGAAUAGAACUUCCCUUAUCCCGCGUAUUAAUAUGUAUUGCCGAUCCAACAAGAACAUUGAAACCGGGAGAAAUCUUUAUUCAAUUGGAUAAAGAAUCUGGACGUGAUGAACGCACGGGAUUGCCAUUCGGCAUUAUUGAAGAUGAAGUUAUCCUAGCUAGGAAUCCAUCUGUUUUACCUUCUGAUAUUGUCAAAGUAAAAGCUGUUAAAAAUAUGCAUUUGAGCAUUUAUUUUAACGUUGUCAUAUUUCCUGUAAAUGCUGAAAGAGGAGAUGUAUCACUAGCUACCCACAUAAGCGGUGGAGAUUACGAUGGAGACAAAAUUUUCUGUUGCUGGGAUCCGCAAAUUGUUAAACACUUCAAAAAUUCCCCCCUUUUGCCUCUCGAUCCAAAAGUUAAAAAUGCUUUUAACGAAAAUAAACAAUUUGUUGAUAGUUUAUUUUCUUCAUCUAAAACUUCCUUUGAAUACAAAAUUCAGGAAGUUAUUAUAGAUAAUUAUUUUAAGGGCUUGGAACCAAUAUUAGGUCUAUAUGAUCGAUGGCAUAAACUUCAAUCCUCUAGAUUUGGAAUAUCUGACAAGCAGUCCAUUUAUCUUGCUCAAAUGUGUGCACAGCUUGUUGAUUCUACGAAACAGGGACUUACCAUCAAACCAAGUGUUCGACAGAGUGAUAAUGAGUUAUGUGGAAAACUUCCUGUUCCUUAUUGGAUGGACAAAGAACGUUUUAAAACGAAACCGAACAGUGGAGAUAAUUUCGGAGUUACGAACGUAAUGGAUUUACUUUGCAUUACAAUUGAGAAAGAGACAAACGAAGUAAAUAGUAAAGAAUUUUCAGUAGCAAAGGUGUCACAAGACCUGGUUGAUACUCAUAUUAAUGAAUUUUGGAGAAAUGAAUUUGUUAGGACUCAAUACAUGGAAGAAGGGUCAGCAUAUAAGGAGGACUUAAAUCUAAUUGCCAACUCUAUGUCGGAAUUAGUACAAAUGUAUAAUAAAAAAUGUGCUAACAUUUACCAAGAUGAUCAAGAUAGAAAAGAAAUUGAACAAUCAUCUUCAAAAUCAGCUUUGACGACAAAUUAUUCGAGAUUGAAUGACGAGUUUAAAGGUGUGGAUUAUGAAUUUCUAAACGAGUUUCUAAACAGUCCAUCAAUUGAAGACUACAAAAGUAGUGUUUUUAAAGUUUUAAAAGAUAGAACAUCAACAUCUUUUGAAACCAGUAUAGACCCACUCGCCAUAUUUGAAUUACAAUUGAAAGCUGCUUCACUCUAUCUAUCUUCUGUUGAAAAAAAAGUGGAUGGACAAGUUUGCUGGGUUAUUGCAUUUCGUAUUCUAUGCAAUAUAAAAUCGCAAAUGGUGGAGAGUGACCAAUCUCUUGUUAUCGGUGGGCCAAGGACGAUAAUUGACGAAGUUUGGCAAGCAUUGAGAAUAGAUAAAAAAUGGUUGAAACGUAAAAAGAUUAACCCCUUGUAA